UGUUAUAAUAUAGCUGCCUGUAACGCUUGGCUUGUGAAAAGACGGGAGAAAAAGAAGAAGAAAUAAUUAAUAUUGAAAGAGAAAAUAAAAUAACACCUGGAACGUUGUAUCGCGUACAACAAUAUUAAAUAUCAAUCGUUUAAUAUCUAUUUUUCUAAAGAAUAAAAAAAACGCGAAAAGAAACACAAAAAAUUGUUGUGUCUGUGCGAUACAUCCGACGCUAGUGAUUAUUUUCGUGAUUGUGCGAUUGUGGGUGGGGUGUUGUUAUAGUUACUAUACUAUAUACUUUCCGCGUGUGGGUGGGUGUGUGUGAAAGAAAGAGACUUUUUACCGCGUGCCACGCUCGAUCCUUCGAGGGGAGGAAGAAGUAAUAAGAAGAGAAAAACGACGGAAAUACUAAACACGCGUACAACGUGCAAUAUUAUAUACAUAUUAUAAUAAUACGUAUAUAUACACACACACACACGUAUAUCGUAUAAAUAAAUAGACCGUGCAGGAGUUCUCUCGUCGUACGAGCACGUGAGGAGAAGAAACAGGAAAGAAUUAUAAAUAACGACAAUACCAACGAUAAAACAACAAAUCUGUGGCAGCGUUUUUCGGAGGAUAUUUAUUGGAAGAGGUAUAAGGAUAAUAAGGAGGACAACCGCGAGAAAUCGUCGAAAGGAAAAUAUAGGACGGCGGGAGGGUGAAGAAGAGGAAGAAGGAUAAAUAAAAAUCAGACGAAACAUCGUUGUUUCAUCGAAGAAUAUACAAACAAGAAUCGAAGUUCCAUAUAUAGACUGCUGCACAACUAUAUAAUUAUUACUAUUAUCAUUAUUACUAUUCGCAUGAUGGCUGUGAGAAUGGAAAACGCCGCGCCGAGGAAACUCAACUACAAAAUGAUGGGUACGAAUGGACCGAGGCCGACCUACGGCGGCGCGAAUAACGGAAGCGCGGGGAACGGGGGCGCUGGUGGUAUCGGGGUCGGCCCUGGUGGCGGUCACGGACUUAAGGGCGGGGCAGGCGGCGGGCCGAGGGGGGGAGGCAACCAGGUACAGUAUCGCGCGAGCGGUACGGCGGCGUGGGGCGCCGUUCCACCCCACGCGACGACACAGGCCUAUCCGACUUACCCGAGAUAUCCGAACGCGGCGACCGCCGCCGCAGCCGCAGCCGCCCAAAUGCCGGGCAACGCGCAGCAGCUACCUCCGACAGCGACACCCUACACAACCUACUCGCCCCACGCGUCGUACGGAGGACAAAGAGUGCCGACUGCAUCGUCGCCUGCUAACACGAACAGCAGCUCCAGCAGCGCCACGGGCAGCCAAAGCGGAACAAUGAGUACCAGUCUUAGUAACAACGCUAUGCAAGGACAGCAGACGGAGCAGCUCUCAAAAACGAACCUAUAUAUCCGUGGCCUGAACCAAAAUACCACAGACAAGGAUCUUGUUAAUAUGUGUGCUCAGUAUGGAACUAUAACCUCUACUAAGGCGAUUCUGGAUAAAAAUACAAAUAAAUGUAAAGGUUAUGGCUUUGUAGACUUUGAGUCACCGCUGGCGGCAGAUAAUGCUGUGAAAGCACUGAUGGCCAAAGGCAUCCAAGCGCAGAUGGCGAAAGUGGGUAUCUGGUUGCUCCGUAGACUGGCCAGUGUACGUUGGUUGUGCAUGCAACAACAGGAGCAGGAUCCCACCAAUUUGUACAUAGCCAACCUGCCUCUCAACUUCAAGGAAAAUGACGUCGAAUCUUUACUUGCUCAGUACGGCCAGGUGAUUUCUACCCGUAUAUUACGCGAUCCAAACGGUCAGAGCAAAGGUGUUGGGUUUGCAAGAAUGGAGUCAAAAGAAAAGUGCGAACAAAUUAUUCAGAUAUUUAACGGUAAAGCAUUGCAAGGGGCAAAGGAUCCGCUGUUAGUGAAAUUUGCCGAUGGUGGCAACAAAAAGAAAUCCUUGUACAAGAGUCCGAUAUGGAGGGAAUCUGGUGACAGUAUGACUUUGAAUUACGAUGCUAGCGGAGUUGGCCAGAAUGGUGUGGCAACGGCUCACAUGUUGCCUGCUGCAACAUUGGCUCAGUACGGUCGCCACUACGGCCAAGUUCCUGGUUACAGUGUUCCUGGAGGGCCUUGGGUCACUCCGUACAUUGUGCAAACAGCACCACCGCACAUGCAACAGGUUGACAUGAUGCCAUCAGCGGAUCCAAGCAAUGCGCAGUAUAGCAUAAUGCCCCAGCUAACGACACAAAUGUCCACUAUGCAUUUAGGAACAGCUUCCUACAUAGCAGCGAGUCCUCACCCAUACCCGUAUACACCGUACCCUGCACCUAGCAUUAUCCACACUAUGCCAAUGGGCGAUUCUGAGCAGACGAGCAACGCGGCAUCCCCGGACGACUCCUAUCAACAAUACCAGACUCAGCAGCCCAAGUAGGCCACAGUUUAUAGAUACGACUAUACCGAGGGUUACAUAAGUUAGAAGAGGUAUACCUGUUUAUAUGAGGGAUAUUAAAAAAAAAAAUCUAAGAAAUAGACAGAGAAAGAGAAAAAGAGAGAGGUUAAUAUACGUUACGUAAAAAAAAAAGUCAGAAAUAAGAUUCUUCCUCAUGAUAAGUUGACUUGCCAGCCAUCUUUUAUACAUUUUAUCCACCAGAAUAAAUAGGUGAAAAAAAAAGUAGUUAAUAUUUUGCAACGACAGUAGUAGAGUAUGAAUGUUGACAUAAUACGGGAGGUAAGAGGUUUGGGUACCGACCAAUACGAUCGGCACUAGCUCGUCUCAGCCUCUGUAAAAACCGCCAAUGCCAAUUUGUGUGUAGCUGACAAUGACAAAGGAAAAAAAGAAAGAAAAAGAAAAAGAAAAACUGAUACAGGGCGAUGGGCAGUUUUUUUUUUUUUUUUCUUUUUAGCGUCGAGCUGAUAGGCUUCCAAGGUUUAACUUUAGGUGUAUUACUUUACAUUUACUACGGAGACGAUAAGUUUGAAGAAACUGAACGCUUGAGAAAUAUGAAUAAAUAUUUUAAAGAAAACCUAAACUAUAUAUUAAAACGUGAAAAAAAGUGAAAAAAAAAAAAAAAAUGAAGAUGACGAAAUGAAGAAAUAACGCUGCUCACAUAUACAAAGAAGGAUUCUUCCCAAGAAUUAUAAUAUGUAAAGAAAGAAACAAAACCCACACUUCCAAUACUAGAGUUGAUAAAAAAAAAGAAAGAAAAAAAAUUCCAAUUCAGUAUGAUUGUAUGAUACAAAACAGUACUACUCAAUCCCCCUAACCGGACUGGUGCCAGCUGGCUGGCCGGUGACUUGGCCACUGUGGCGAAGGGGUUUACGAAGUAGAUUGACUAUAUAUAUUAUAUCAAUUGACUUUGAUACAUGUAUAUACAUAUAUUACAUAUGGGUGAUCGAUGGUUCCAAAUCCCUUCGCCCUUCAUUAACGAACCGCCCCACUCGCUCGCACUUUCAUCACAAUUGUUUUUUUGUUCAGACAUUCCAAGUUGGGCAGAGAUAUAAUUAUACAUACAUAACGGUAACGACAUUAAUAUGUAUGUAUGUAUACACUAUAUAAAUUGCCACGUGGAGAUUUUUAAUCUAAUGAUAUUUUCUAUGACUACACUUUGAGUUUUUUUUUUUCCCCUGAAUUUACGUUUUUUCCGUUUAUUUCUUUUCGUUGUUUUUCCUUUCCCUUUUAUUUAUUUAUUUUUUUUUUUUUUUUAAAUUCACGGAUGAUAUAUUUUAUGAUAGAAGUGGAAAACGAAGUCGAAAAUGUUCAGGAUAUAUAUAAUUAUUGUACGAGAUGAGAAAAAAAUCAGAAAAAGUGAAAAAGUAACUAAUGAAAAAAAAAAAAAAAAAUGAUUAAGAACCUAGUACUUUUUAGAAAACAUUAUAUUUAUGCGUACGGUUAACGAAUCAAUAUCAGUUUUAAUUGUACAGUAAAUACAGAUAUUUUUUUUAGAAUUGUGCCUUUUCAGACUAAUCCACUUUAGACAGGGAUAUAUGCUGAAAAAUAUUAUAAUAUAUUUUUACGUCGGUAUAUGCGAAACUUGAGCCAAAUUUUUGAUCUUCUAGUUAAGAAAGUAUAAUUGUUUCUGUGUUUGUAGCCAGUUAACCAUUACUACUACUACUACUACUACUACUACUGCUACUACCGCUACUACUGCUACUACUGCUACUACUAUUACUACUACUACUACUACUACUGCAACUACUACUACUACUACUACUACGUUUGUUUGUUUGUUUAUGAACUUGAUAGAUUUUUGUAUGUGUAUAGUUGCCACUAAACGGGAUUGCCAGAUUGUGCGUGACGAUCUGCAAAGUCUAGGAAAAAGAAAAAGAUUAAAGAAAAAGUUGAAGAAAAUGGAAAAAAAAUCAAAUUUUUGGUGGGUCUCUCUCUUUAAAUCUUUAUAAUGAACCCAACGAUCUGCCGAGAGAUCCUAGUAGACUUGUUGAUGACGGGAUACACUAGCUAAAGAGUAAAUUAAUUUAAUAUAUUAUUGAGAUUGAGAAGAAAACACGUUGUUAUGUGUGACGAUGAAGAUAAAAGGAGAAGAAAAAGAAGAAGAUGAUAAAAAUAUACCAUGGGACAGGCACAGAAGAAUCGUCGGAGGGUUACUUGCACCCAAAUUCCCUUUUGAACCUCUGUAUAAUGAUAUACAGCCAUCAACGUCUCAUGUGUGUGGUGCGUCUGAUUUUUAGAUGAAAAGGAGUAAAUAAAUAAAGUAUCGAGAAAUGAAAAAACAGAAAGCUUUCUACCAAAUAUGUGAGUUCUGAGCUCAACAAAUGGCGGGGCAGGUAGUUAGGUAGCAUAGAGGUGAUCGUAGCUAUUAUUAUAAUAUUACAUGAAAUACGCUGUAUUAUUAUAAUUAACAAUUACUAUUAUUGAACGUCAUCUAAAGUAUGAAAAGAUUUUUACACUGUUGAAACUUGAAGUAAAUAAUAUAUUUAGUUUAUUUUGGUACAUCACAAUUUGAUGACAAAAAAUGAUAAGAUGAAGAAUAAAAACUAAUAAUAAUAAUAAUUAAUGGAAAAAAAAGAACAUGGUAUGAACUAUUUUUUAAGAAACCGAUCAUUACUCGCAAUUCGAGUCCAUAUGCAAGCGAAAAUCCAAUUUUGUGAACAUAAUUAUUGUUGCACAAUUAAACGUUAUAUUUGUCAUCACUGACGACUGACAACAAAAAAAAAAAUCACAUGUGAUUAAAUAGUGAAUUUCGAGAAUUUUACUAAUAGACUUGUACUAAAUAACUAAUAUUAUUGUGACGACCAAACACGAAAAAAACGGCGCAUUAAAAGAGAGAAAGAGAGAUAGAAAUUAAAACGGGAUAAAAUAAUUAUCGUAACAGCUUCUGACUGAGAAUGCGCAAGUUCCGGGUAGACACGAAAAAAAGAGAACGACGCGGAGGAAGAACCAGAGUAUAAUUAUUGUAUAGGAUAUAGGAGGAUUAAGAAAGGGGAGUUGGAAGUAACAGUAGGAUUAAACAAAAAAAAAAAAAGUAAAUUUAAAUGAUAACAAGAUAAUUAAUUAAGAGUAAUUGAGCAUAAGAGGACUUGUGUAGCUAGUGUUGACUAUGAAUAGGAUAGUAUCUUAAUUGAUAAGGGACCUAGUGUGUAAUUGAUUAAUGAUUUAAGUAAGUUUAUAGAUAAAUAGUUAGGUAGGUAGACGAUAGUUAGGAAUUAGGAUAUAAAUGCCUCCCCCCCCUUCCUUCCUCCCCUUUUAGCAUGAGGGGGUGGCACCGUUCAGCCCAUGCAUCUCGCACCCGUCAAGACUGACUGGCUAUUCAUAUUAAUAAUAAAUCUUAUUAUUAUUCUACAACAUAUAUUAUAUCUAAUGUAAUAUAAUAGUAAGGACUUGCUUGCUGCGCACCACGGGUCAGGUGCCUGGGCCGGCCGGAUAUGUUUCCAACAUUUUGGAACUUGAUUCCAAGCAAUGCUGCUUUCUGUAAGCUUUUUAGAGAGAGAGAGAGAGAGAGAGAAAAAAAAAGAAAGAAAAACUUGAAACAGUAGAUGUGUAGAUUAGAUAUUGUAGUCGUUUAGCCUAGGCUUUAAGUAGAAAAACUAGGGUGUUUUUAAGUGACCGUAACAUUUAAGUGAUAUCAGCUUAAAAAGCAAGUCCAGAUUAUCUCGAUGUUGCAGUUUUCAAGCAUCAUCAUCAUAAUUCGACUUUGUUCAGUUUUUUUUUUUUUUUUUUUUUUUUUUUUUUUUUUUUUUUUCUUAGUUUUCAGAGCGAGGGAAAGAGCGAGAGAGAUAGAGAGAGAGAAAGAGAGAGAAAGUUUUUAAGUCAUUGUUUUUAUAUUGUUAUCAGUAAAGGUUUCUUUCUUCUCAUAUUGGUUUGCUCUUGUUUUCUUUUUUCUUUCUGUAUUUCAUUCAUUCAUUCUUCGUUACAUAACUACUAGUGUCUUCAAUUGCGUUGAACAAAAAACAAAAGAGAUUUAGCAAAAAAUAAAAAAAAAAUAAAAAACCUAAAAAAACACAAAAAAUGCAACAAAACAGCACCAGAACGUGUAUUGUUGACACAAUACCCUGAUUUUCGCUUAUUUUUUGUGUUGUGUGGUUUGUGACCAAUGAAAAACCCAAAACAAAAAAAAAAAAAAAAAAACAAAAAAAACAAAAAAAGAAACAAAAAACAA